UGUAUUUGGCGUAUUUAUGUUUGUAUGUUUAAAAAAAUUAUAUUAUAAGAGUCAAACUCGAUUUUCAGCUGUUGAAAAGAGUACGACCGUUACUUUCUAUUUCAAGAUAUUGGUAUGACAUGAAAAGUGUUAAGAUGUUUCAAAGUUUACCUAUUAUAUCUACGAAGGAAAUGGGCAUAACAUUCCACUCCGUUAUCUAAGAAUGAGCACCAACACUGUUCCAAAUGAUUGUUUUUCCAAAUACUUCAGAACAUGUUCUUCGAGAUGACAAUGAAGGUUCAUUUAUGUACUGGGAUAACCUUUGCUGUUAUUUUUAGUACUCUUACUUCAAUUUCAGAAGAAAUGCUUGUCUCCAGCACUGAAAUGUCACUGCGAUAUAUGUGGAGAUGCUUCAAAUCAUACAUGUGACACUGAUGGUAUGUGCUUCACCUCCACUUCUAUGAACAAUAAAGGAAUUCCUGUACAUUCUUACAGGUGUCUGGACAAGGCAAAGAUGUUUCCACCAGAACACCCCCUGUGGUGCCUAAAGUCAGAAAUGAGCAGUUCAAAUCUAGUGUUAAUCUGCUGCAGCGAUUAUGACUAUUGUAAUCAAGACCUUCACCCUACUCUACCCCCGGCCCCUGAAUCCACAGUCAGUCAUAUGAGAACUAAAGAAGAGCAUCUAAGCACUUUGGAACUUGCCAUCAUCAUCGGUGGGCCAAUAUGUUUUGUCUGCAUUGUUGCUGUAAUAGUUCUCUCUAUGUGGCAGCAGAAACAUAGGCUGCGGCAUUACAGACGGCAAAUGGAAUCAGAAGUGGUUGUGGGACAGCCAAUGCUGGGAAACAGUAUCAGAGAUAUGAUGGACAUGACCACCUCAGGGUCAGGAUCAGGCUUGCCUUUACUAGUCCAGAGGAGCAUUGCUCGUCAGAUACAGUUGGUUGAGAUUAUAGGUAAAGGCCGAUAUGGGGAAGUCUGGCAAGGACGUUGGAAUGGAGAGCCAGUAGCAGUUAAAAUAUUUUCAUCUCGAGAUGAGCGAUCUUGGUUUCGAGAAGUGGAGAUCUACCAAACAGUAAUGCUUCGUCAUGAAAACAUCCUUGGGUUUGUUGCUGCAGAUAACAAGGAUAAUGGAACUUGGACACAGUUAUGGUUAAUCACAGACUACCAUGAGAAUGGAUCUCUGUUUGACUAUUUAAGUCAGUUUUCAGUGGAUCCAAGUGGCAUGUACAAGAUGGCCUACUCUAUAGCUAAUGGACUGGCUCACUUACACAUGGAAAUUAUAGGUACCCAAGGAAAACCAGCCAUUGCCCAUCGAGAUUUGAAAAGUAAGAAUAUUUUGGUGAAAACCAAUGGAACUUGUGCCAUAGCAGAUCUGGGACUGGCUGUUCGUUUCGACUCCACUACAAAUUCUGUGGAUAUUCCUCCAAACCCAAGAGUGGGAACAAAACGCUAUCUAGCUCCUGAAGUGCUGGAGGAAACCAUGAAUGUCAACCAUUUUGACUGUUUCAAACGGGCAGAUGUAUACGCCUUUGGUCUUGUCAUGUGGGAAAUUGCCUGGCGUUGCAAUGUUGGGGGAAUCUAUGAAGAAUAUCAACUUCCAUACAGUGACUUGGUACCUUCAGAUCCAACCAUUGAAGAAAUGAGAAGGGUGGUUUGUUUAGAUAGACAGAGACCUCCCAUACCUAACAGAUGGCAAUCUUGUGAGGUUCUGCGAAUAAUAUCACGAGUGAUUAAAGAGUGCUGGUACCACAAUCCAGCUGCCAGGCUAACAGCUCUGCGAAUUAAGAAGACCAUUGCUAACUAUGGGGCUCAGGGUGAUCUGAAGCUGUCCUAAGUAGUGGAUUGGAAAAAUUCUGUUUGAGGAUUAGGCUUGAACAAACCAAGCACUCGUGUGCAGGAUCCAAUAAGUGAUCGUGGUGGCUUGUUACAAGAUAUCAUCAUGUUGAACUGAGAGUUACCUGUUCUUUGUGGUCAAGACAAAUGGUGUCUGAUCAUUAAAAGCUUCUACCUUUACUAAAGUAAAUAAUCCAUAAGGAAAUCAACACAACCAGUUUUACUAUUAACUUUCUCAAAGUGAUGCCCCUUUUGGUGGCAUUCAAUUCCAUCUCACAAAGUGGAUCAUUCUCUACCAUAUAAAGCAGGUUUGUUACUCAGGCACUUCAGAAUAUCAGUACCUCAGCCAUCUUCCAGUAGCAUUUGGCAUACCUUUACCUUUCUCAGGUUUUCACAGAAAAUACAUUUUUUUAUUGGCUACUUCAGACUUCAAAGAUGGAAAAUAUAUUUAGUUGCAAAUUGGCUAUUUUAUGUAAGGAAAGGUUGAAGGAUGUUAUUGCUUCACCCCACCCCCCUUGGCUUUAGAAAUAUAUAUUUAGACAACUUAGAGAAACUUCUUUCUCUCCUGGUUUGCUCAAAAGUUAUGCUUUUGAGCUCCACUUCAGGUGCUAUAAGAAUUUAGUUAGAUCUUUGCAAAUUUCAGUUAUUAGAAACAAUUGUAUUUCAUUUCUGAUGACUUGUUGAUAAAAAAAAAUGAUUUACAGAAGAAUAUGCUGUAUAUCUAAAAUUUAAUUUUUUGUAAACUUAUUUUUGUACAGCUGUUAAUACACUGGUAAAAUGGUGGAAAGUGUAUUUUUCUGCUUCUGAGUGGCAAGGUAACUGUGCUAAAAUUUUAAGGAUGUUUUAAAUAAUAGACUCUUUCACUCUGAUUGUUGUGUUUAUAUUGAAUUACUGUGUAUUUUGUUAAUUAUGAGUUUGUUGGAAUAUAUUUUUAAUAAAAACUUAAAACAUUAACAGAAAAAAUAUUCGCACUUAAAUUUUCAAAAUUUUUAAAAAGGAAAGAGGCUAAUACUGGCCUUGAGGUGAUAUUCAAAAAUAUAUGUGGAAUUUUCUUCCCUUCUAGAGCAUAAUUGAUAGUAGCCGUAACCAAACAGCUCUCUCUCUCUCUGUAAUUAUUGUCAUUACAGCUUUGGCAUUUUUUGUUUUUUGAGACUUCUAGCUUUCCUUCGUCUGUCUUGCGGGAUCUCUUUUAUAAUUAUUUUGCCUCAGUGGUUUGUUUUUCUAUCAUUGGUAAAUGAGAUCUUGAACUGGUAUAACUAUUGGAUGAAAAUUGUAAAUAUUUAUUUAUUUACACCAUGUAACAGUAUAAGAAAUACUUUGUGUAAUCCAGCAUAAGUUGUUUCUCAGAAUUGUACCAGGUCAAGGUUUCAUCUAUCAUUGACAUAAAAACAUGUCCCACUAUCUGUAUGAUAUGUAAAGACUGUUAAAAAAAUUCAGAUCUACCCAGUGUACGUGAGAUGAGCUUAAUAUUGUUACUUGUAGAUGUUGUUAGCCAACCAGAUGAUUGUAUUGAUCUGUUUGGUUGUGCUGUGCUUCUUAAAUAGAAUUUGGUAAAAAAAAAUUUCUAUUAUGCUGAAAUACUGUACCAAUUCCUCCUGGUAUAGCCAAGAGUUCUGCUGAAGCAGUGGUUAUAAUUAUAUUAAACCCACAAUCCUAUUACUAAUUCAGAAGCCCUUCAUUUUGAGGGUCAAUUUGUACUCUACUCCUUUUUAUUUAUAAUUUUAGCUGUAUAAUUUGUAAAUUUUAAUUAAAAUUAAGUACUUUGUAUUGAUUACAUGUGUAUAUAUGUCUGAAAAUGACAAGAUAGUUUUUUAUUAUUAUUCUCAGACCCUGAUAAUAUAUGUUAGUAUCAUCAAUGAAUAGCUAUGAAUAUUUCAACCCAUAUUUAUGGGACUAGAUAAUUUUUUAUUUCGGAGAUUGAGGUACAGCUACCUAAGUUAUGUAAAAUAAGAAUAUAUCUUAAAAUAUUUGUUUACUUGUUUAUUACUUCAACACUUUGUACUGUUUUUAUUUGUUUGUUUAUCUUUUUUGUUUUCUGUACUAUUAGUCACUAGAUUAUGGGACCCAUAGUGAGUGUACGUGAAAAGAUUUAUGUGUAUGUUUUCUUUGUGACUGUGGCGAGCUUUGUGAAUAUUGCUCAAUGUGGAGUGAAUUUUUAUGAUGUCACUGGUUGAUUCUGUUACAGAAAAUACAUAGUUAAAAGUGCCUCUAGAAUGAACUUAAUGUUUCUGACACUUAACUAAGAAUUCCACGUGUAAAGCUUCUCCGAUAUUACAGAAAUUUGAAGUUUUCGGUAUUUUUGUUUGUGUUGUUCAAUUUAGGAUUCAAAUUAUUUAUCAUUAAUUAUUUUUUAUUUAUUUGUUCUUGUUUUUUGCAAAUUUUCCAGAAGUACAAAUUUCAUUUCCUAGUUUAACAUUCAGUCUUCAUCACUUAAUACUUAUAUUGCCAAGCUACCAUCAGUCUUCAUCACUUAAUACUUAUAUUGCCAAGCUACCAUCAGUCUUCAUCACUUAAUACUUAUAUUGCCAAGCUACCAUCAGUCUUCAUCACUUAAUACUUAUAUUGCCAAGCUACCAUCAGUCUUCAUCACUUAAUACUUAUAUUGCCAAGCUACCAUCAGUCUUCAUCACUUAAUACUUAUAUUGCCAAGCUACCACAAGAAAGCAUACUCUGAUAAUUAAACAUAAAGUUCUAGCUGCACUUUGAUGCCAUUAUUCGGAUGUGUGUCAUAAUCUUGUAUUGGUUUAUUAUUAAAGUUUAUUGUUAUAUAGUAACCAUAUCAUUAUUUUCACUGUGUAAUCCACUAUUAUCAAAACAUUUUAACCAUAGCUAUCCUAUGCUGUAGUUUACUCAAACUUCAACCAUGUGACUGAUCUAAUCUACUGUUAAACUACUAGUGUUAUACCACUGACGUUGUGAGAAAAAGUUAUACGUAUAUAUAUAUGUGUGUGUGUGUGUGUACAUAAUGUUAAGAUGCAUGUCCUAUUACAGUUUAGUAAAACAUUGUAAAGAUGUAUGCACAAAUUCAUAGUAAAAUUACGAGUUUUAACUACUUUUUUUUGAAUGGUAAAAAGAAAAGUUGUUAGCAUCCCCUUGUGGAUACUUUUAAAUUACGUUGUAUAUUUUAAAUCACUGGCCUGAUGCAACAUUUUCUUUUUAUUUGUAGUUACUUGUAAAGUUGCAUGUAAGAGAUUUGAUAUGUGUGAAAGCAAAAUUUUAGGAUGAAUAAAAUAAAAGUAUAUUUUGAUAAUUUAUCAUAUUUAUGUAAAGGAAACAUUUUGUUUAGGUGAAUUGAAAACAUUUUUAUCAAUUGAUUAAUCCUUUUUGUAUCUGAUGUGUUUUAAGAAGGUAUAAUUUCUGUAAUGUAAAGUGAAUUGUUAGAACUUCUAUAACUUAACAUCCUUUUCGGAGUACAGUAUGCCUUAAAGUUACGAAUAGUGAAAUGCAAUAUGCAUUUGCCAACUUGUUAUUCCAUUAUAAUUAUGGAAUGUUGUACCAAACAUUGAUCUGCUAACUAUGAAAUGAAAAAUGUUUUAAAAAUUUCAAAAGGGAACUUUCAAUAUCCUAUACCAGUGUUCACAUUAACAUUGUAAAUACUAAAAUUACACAAUGAGUAUUAGUUGCAACAAAUCCCAAGAUUUUUUCCAUAAAAGUUCUCUGCCACAUGCUGUGUGUACAUGCAAUUUGAAAAUCAUUUCAAGUUUUUCAUUCAUUCUUUAAAUUUGAGUGUUUCAACUGAAUAUUUAUGUCCUCUUUACAUUUAAUAAAAAUUAUAUGUACCCCAUAUAUAGGCACACUUUCAAACCUGUGCCAUAAAGCAUGUUUCAAUUAUAGAUAUAGAAACAAGAUUUCUUUGACACUGUAUCUUACACAUGAUCCUUUCUGAUAAGCUGCAUUUUUAGUAUACUAAACUUCACAAUACAUAAUUUGAUCAUUGUACUUUAAACAACUGAAAUUAUCUUUCAAUUGGGUAAUGAUCAUUUGAUGUUUCUUAAACAACUAAGCUGUUUAAAUGUAAUCUGGUGGCCCUUGGCUUGGUUAAAAUCCAAAAGAUUCCAAAUCAUAAAAAUGGGCAUUAAUUAAAUAACCAUUGUAGAACAAUAACAGGUUUGUUAAGGGUAUUUUACCUUCUUGAAAAUGUAUGGUCAAUGAUUUACUUCAAUUUGGAAAAACUUGUGAAAGACAUAUAACAAUGUUAUAUCUGAAAUAUGCCGACGAAUUUUCCAAAUCAGUGACUUCUAACAUAUGUUAGGUAGAUAUUUCUCAGUUGGGGUUUGCCUAUAAGUUUGAUUAUGUUAAUUAUCAUACAUCCCAUGUAGUUUGAGAAACAUUCCAGGUUGAAUUAGCAUAACCAGCUAUGUCGUAAUUCUGAAAUGUUAAGUAUAAGUAAUGUAUGUUCACAGUAUUUGUGUACUUUCUAGAGUUUAUAUUUUUUAAAGUAACAUACUUUAGACCAGGAUGUUGUACUAUCACACCAUUGGUAGAUUUUCAGAAUAAUGCUUUUUUAAAGCAACUACUCUUAUUCUUACGCCCCCAGUAUGAUAGUAUUGUUUCAUAUCUUUCAGGUAUUAAUCUAAGAAAGUGAAACAUGUUUUUUUUUGUAUUAAGUCCUGCAAUAUCACCAUAUUUGCACAUUCCAUAUAUAUGUACUAUAAUUAAGUGUUAUGUAGCGUAACAUUUCACUUUCGGUCAAAGUUCCAAACAAUACAAAUGUACAUUUUGCUGCACAAGAUGUUCAGAUUACAGAUUAUUAGAAUUUAACUUCUUUUUAUAGAAAAGGAUUUUAGUGAACACCUGAUUUUCAUGAAUUUAUACAUUCAUCGAUCUGUACAAAAAAAACAGAUAAAACUGUGGAAGGAGAUCUUCAUUUUAGACACCAUUUUUAUUGACUUGUAUAAGUUCUUUAGUUGUACAAAACAACCUUAAACAGUCAAUAUUAUUUAUUAUUCUGUAAAUCAAUUUAAACAUGACUGAAUUUCGCAGAUUUUGCCAUUUCAGACCAUAGUUGUCGGUUAAUGCCAUACGUUUAUAGUGUACUUGGAGAAGAUUCUGUUUCAGGCAUAUUUUUUGCAAGUAUCCUGCUUAUGUUUUGGCAAGAUGAAAAAAGAAAAAGCUGGAAGUCAUAAUUAUAUGAAAAAUUCAAACAUUCUUGCCUUUUGUAGUAGUAUUGUGAUUUUAAAAUUUAUAUUGUAUAUAAUUCCUUUGAUGUCUAUGUAUAUUUUACUAAUUAUAUGUGAUGAUGUUUUUUUUUAUAAACAAAUUCUAAAGUAGAAAAGCAAAUAGUUCAUCAGACAUGUGUUAUUUCAUUUAAAAACCAUACAUUGAAACAUACUUUUAAGUGUUAAACUAUAAUGUUUAAUAUUUGUUUCAGUUGAUGGUACCAUAACCUGCUAAACUUAAUACUUUCACCACAUUCUCACUUGCAUGAAUUGAAGAACACAUGUAAUUACUGAAAUAAGUAAAUAAUUGUGUUUAACUAUCUUGGAGGAGUCUUUAAGAAUUAUCAGUGCUCAGUGAACUUGACUAACUGAUAAAUUUGAGUUUUAUUCAACAGAAGGAAUAUGAGACUGAAAGAUGUUAGUUUCAGAAAAUGAAAAAAAAAAAAAAAUACUACUGUGUGUCAGUAGUUUACUUUUGUCAUGUGUAGAAAACAGAAACACACAGUUAAAUAAAAAAGCUACAGAAACAUAGUUAACUUUUAUCUAUGUUCAUGAAAAUGUAAUGGCCAAGGUCAUAAUGUGAUUUGUAAUCUCUGUUGAAUGUUAUUUAUUUGAAACAUUGAUCUUUAAUAAAAUUCAGUUCUGUUAAUGAUAAUAAUUUGCCAUUCCAUUUUUACAUUUGCUUUUUUUUUUAAUAAUUUGAAUAGGAAACUACCCUUGCUUAAUGCCUUAUUGGUCAUAAUUUAUGUAAUUAAUUGAAGGUUUUUCAUUCUCUGUAUCUAUACAGUCUUAAGUUACCGCAAUGCAAUGGUUUUUACAUUUUACUUUAUUUCAGUCAGUUUCUUAUUAAGUAUUUGGAAAUAUAAUUGCAAAAGUUUGCUCAUCAAACUUGUACACUAAGAAUCUUUAUCUUAAGGUAUACAAUAAUUUUAAUAGGGUGGCUGAUAAGUUGAACAUUAUUUGUAGCUCAAAGCAUAUGUUUUGAUUUUUUUGUAGAAACUUAAGUAUUGUAUUUUUAUUUAUGAUUAAAGAUGU